UUAAAAAAGUCACAACAAAUAUUACGAAAAAUAAAAAAACAAUACUUAAAAAAUGCACAAGUGCCAGUUGGAAACUUGGCAAAUCUAUAAAAGUAUCUGUUCGCCUAAAAAACGAGCUCAGUUGCGAACGGUACUUUGAAAAAAGCGUAUUUAUGGCAAUAAACUUAACGUAACGUUUGCAAAAAAAAAAAAAUAUUUCGUCUAAACUAAAAAAAAAUAUAUAUAAAAAAUUUAAGGGUUCAAAAUCAAAAAACAACUUUAAAAACAUAUGGUUUUAAUGGUUUGAAGAGAAAACUAAUAACAAAAAAAAUUAACAAAUUCAAAUUGCAGUGAAAAAUUAUAAACUGACUAUAAAGAUUUAUCUUUUACUUUUCUUAGUUUUUUUUUCUAACAAUAAAGUUUAAAAUUUCUUCAAGUUUUUCCCUUUAUUUAAAGAGCUUUUAAUCACUUUGCAAAAGUUCGAAAAGUAUCUGUAUCUGACUGAGUUAGUGAAUGGCGGAUGUAAAUAAUUGUAUAUGUACAUCUGAUGAUUUAUUUUUAGCAAACUGUUUAACUGUGUAAAAAAAGUGUGUCUGCCAGAAAGAACAGAAACCAAAAUAAAACAACUGAAAUACGAAAAAAACAAAUUUGAAACCAUCUGUCAUCAGAAAUUUGAAAAAAAAAGAAAUUGCAAAAUAUAAAUAACAAAACGCAAAAACUACACAUGUGUGUUUGGCCCUGUAGAUUUUAUAAAUACAUUUUUGAAUUUUUUUUUUUUUUUGCCAAAUUGCAAUUUUUUGUAGGUCAUUUUUUUAUUGUUUGUUAAGUGUAACAAGAAAAACACAUGCAUUAGAUGCAUGAAUUGUAUUCAAGAAGACUUUAAGGCGCUUUUUGUUGGCAAUAUUUUGCACAUUUGAAAAAAAAAUAUAAAGAUACGUUGUUGUUUAAUUGUCAACUUAUUUAGAUAAUAAAGAAAAAAAAUUAAGUGAAUAGUAAAACCAAAUACAAUUUUAAAAAAACAAAUAAUAAUAAGAAAUAAAAAACUUUACUUGUAUUGUUUAUAAUAUAAACACUCAAUGUCAACCGUCAUCAUGUCGAAAACUUCAUAUAAAACUCAAUAUUUCAAGCACGCUAAAGUGAAAUGUUGCCAACGGGCUUAAGUUGUAUGUGCCACAUGCUGUAGAGGUGACAUGUAACAUGAUUUUAGCGUGGCACAGUAGCAGUACUUAGCGCCGCCGCUGCCACAAAAUAACAGUGUCACUGUCACACAACCAACACCAACUGACAGCCAGAGCGCAUCACCGCCCCAAGUGUGCCCAAUGUAAAUCAAAGUUCCUACAUUUUAAAUUAAGCAUCAACAACGACAACAAAAAUAAAAGAAAAUCUCAAAACAAACAAAAAAUCAAACAGAAAUAAAUAAAAGAGUUGUAGUUUAUUCCAUCCAUGUAGAAGAAUAUAUAAAUGUAAAGGAAGAAGCAAUAAAAAAUCAUUACCAUCUUCCUCGUCUGUAUCAGCUACAACAGCUCAACUAUUACAGCAACAACGACAACAUCAUCAUCAUGUCUCUGUUGUAUUUACCAAAGUAUUAAAUGAGGGAUUAUUUGUUGCAACUUUAAUUCUACAGUUGUUGACUGUUGUAUAACAGCAGUUGAUGCGGUUGUUGUUGCUGCAUGCUGCCGCUCUGUGUGUUGUUAAGCGCAAUGAUAUUCCAUGAACAACAAGCGGAAAUGCUUGUUGUAUCAAAGUCAAAAGAAUCAGAAAAAAUCCCUACUUCCACAAAAAACAUUCCCAAUGAAAAUUUAACGAAUUUACCGAAUCUGUUGCCAUCAUCAGCCUUAACAACAGCAACAAGAUCACAACAACAAAUAGCAGCAAUUCAAACAUUUAAGAAGCCAAAUCUAGAUGCUGCCGUUGUAUUGAAUGUAAAAUGUCAUUGUGAUAUUGAAAAUGCUCGUUGUUCAUCAUCGAAUUCGUACGGAUUUUAUCAUCAUCAUUGCAUGAAUUCAGCGUAUUUUUAUGAAUUGCCAACAAAGUUCGCAUUGUUGCCAAGUGUGAUUAGUGGCAGUGGUUGUGGCACUAAUACCGUUGGAGUUGGCGCAAGUAGUGAAUGUAAUGAGAAACAACUUUAUUUGGCCGAUAGAAAACGUAGCUGGCCUCCGCCAGUAUUUAUUGUUUUCAUAUCACUGUUGGAGAUCGGCGUUUUUCUGUACGAUUACAUAACAGUAAGACCCCAAACGGAGUUGAACAGCACCAGCAUACCAAGUGAGUCACUCUUGAUUUAUCGUCCAGAUCGUCGCCUACAGAUAUGGCGAUUUCUAACGUACAUGGCUUUGCAUGCAAAUUGGUUUCAUUUGGGUUUCAAUGUCAUCGUUCAACUGCUUUAUGGGUUGCCAUUAGAAAUGGUACAUGGCUCCGCACGUAUUGCGAUAAUUUAUCUAGCCGGUGUUUUAGCCGGCUCUUUGGGUACUAGUGUGAUUGAUUCCGAAGUGUAUUUGGUGGGAGCGAGUGGUGGUGUUUAUGCGCUGCUGGCAGCACAAUUGGCAAAUGUCAUGAUUAAUUUUGGACAAAUGCGUUAUGGUGUCUCUCAACUAUUGGCCGUAUUAAUAUUUGUAUUUUGUGAUACGGGCUAUGCUUUCUAUAGCAAAUUUAUAAACGAAGACUCUUUAGAUAUAAUACCCUCGGUAUCAUAUAUUGCACAUUUGACUGGAUCUUUAGCCGGUUUCACUAUUGGACUUUUAGUAUUAACGAAUUUUGAACAUAAAACCGAAUCGAAUUUAAUACGUUGGCUUGCGUUUGGCGUCUAUGCGUCAUUUACUUUAUUCGCCAUUGCAUUUAACCUGAUCAAUACUGUCAUUGCUCAAAAACUCGAAGAAGAAGGUGAAGUUAUAAAACAACAUUUGUUUCAUGAUUUGGGCAUAUCCUAAAUAAACGAUUUUUUUAUAACUAAGUAUUCAUUUCUAAUACUCGCAAUAGUUUUAUAUUUUCUCUUUAAUUUUCAAUGCAGUUUUAAGCCCAAAAAACAUGAAACCAAAUCGUAAAGAUAAAGCCAAAGACUGAAUGAAUUUGUUUUAUAAAUCAGUAAUAAUAUGUAUAAUUAAAAUAUAAUGUGUUAUUUUGUUUGUUUCUUUUAAUUUUCUUAUUUUUUAAUAUUGUUGAUUUAGUUAAUAUUGAUCUUUAUUUUUAUGUACAUAAUUGUAAAUAUCUUUCAAUUCGGACAUGAUUUUUAUAUAUUUAACAAAUCUUGUCCAUGAAUGUGUUUUUUGUUGGCCUUAUACCGAUUUUAUCACUUGUUGGUCACAUAGUUUCAACAGAUUCAAAGUCUACAAGUUCGAAGUGACCAGAUCAGUUUUCAGCAUUAACCUGAUAUGUAUAUAGUAAAUACCCAUGACAGCUGGUCCAACCCUUUAAUUUGUUUAAUUUUCCUAAUUCAUAUGGAAAUGUGUGCAGGUCGUAUUCCUGCAAAAUCCCGCUUCGUUAAGGGCUUAUUGCAUUUAUAUCAUCUUAAGAAAUUUUCCAAAUUUUUUUCUGGCUGAAAAAUUUUGUUCAUUUUUAAUAUAUGUAUGUAUAAAAUUUCUGAUCAUCAGAGAAUAGCCCACUUUCUUGGGUCAAUCAUUACUACAUUUGUAAUACCCGGGACGAAUAAAACAAUUGACUUCCUACGGUGGGCGCUGAGGCAAACGAAUCCAUCUUACAAACAUCAAUUUAGGAGAGAUUAAUUAAGCCUUGCGGGAAAGCAAAUCCCAUUGUGACACUGACAAUUGAUGCGUAUGAAUGUUUCUCUUCAUUCUCAUUGGAACCACUUCUACAGAAGUAAAUAUUUAAUCUCUCUGGUUGUCUUAGAGAGACCAAGUCAAUCUCGACUACAUCCGGAGUAAUUACACAGAGGGAAAAAGAAAUAUACACGCCUGGUACCAAAUUGACACCAAACUGUUUAUAAUUUUUCAAUACCAUCUGACCAAAGCUUCCAUCACGUUGGACAGCCGUGUCUAAAAGUCACUUAGUAGUAAUUGAUCUAACGCUACAAGUCUUACCUUUGUCCUUUCUACAUGUAGAUAGUCAAAGGCACCUAGAUGCUCUUGAUUGGACAUUUAGAUGCCAUGACCUUAAGGCGUGGCAGCGGAAAAGGUGUAAUUUUCUAACGUCUGAAGAACAAUAGUUACUAAUUCCGUUUUCCCUGGGAGUCGUACAAAGGCUAAAUUAAAUUUUCUUUUCAUUAUUCCAUUAUUUACAUAAUUUUUUUAAGUUAACAAAUUUACAAAGUUUUUUUUUUUAUAAUAACUUAAAAAUAGUUUAUUAUUAGUCCAUUAAAGAAAAGUAAAAUACAAAACUAAAAGAAUUCAAAAUAUACUUUACCAAAGAAAUUAAAGUUUGUAAUAUAAAACUCUCUAGAUAAAACCAAAAAAGACAAACAAAUAAAUAAAAAACAACUUAUUAUUACCAAAUAAUUAAAUUUUUAAUUAAAAAAGUACUUAAAACAACAAAAACUUUAAUGCAAGCAAUAAAAACAGAACUGCAACGUUAACAAUAAAUAAAAUAAAAAUAAAAUUAAAAAAGAAAAAUAAAAAUUUUGCUCAAUGAAUGAAUGAAUUUUACUACUAAAAUAUUAAGUAAGUAAUUAUAAUGAAUUAAUACAAUUAACAAAAAAAUAAAAACAAAUGUAAUUUAAUAUUAACGAUGAAAUAAACUGCAUGAACUGCAAUAAUAAUUGGGCUUAAACGAAUUGUAAAACACCCAACUUACAAAAAAAAAUCAUUGGUAAAACUGAAAACUAUUCAAAUUAUUUUAAAGAAAAAGAAAAUCUAAAUAAUUAUUUCUAGUUUAUGAAUGAUCCGUUAAAAGUAUCAUUAUAAAACUAUAAUUUUUUAAACAUUUAAUUUUAUUCAAUUUCUAGCAAAAACUAUAUAAAACUAAAUAUAUUCAUAAAAUUUUAUUAAAAAUGAUUAUAGGUGCAAUAAACUAUAAAAUAACAUGUAUUUUGCAAAAUUAUUAAAAAAAGAAAACAAUAAUGAGUUGUAAAAAAACAAGUAAAACAAUAAAGAAUAUUAACAAAAACAAAUUUUAAAAUAUUGCAGUGACAGUUUAAAUUUACAAUGAAAACAACUGAAUAUCGUAUGUACAAGAAACAUGUACUCAGUCGCAAAAAAAAAAUGACAUGAACAAUAAAAUAAAAUUUAUCAAUGAAAAUUAACAUUUACUCAGACAUAAAUACUAUUUUUAAAAAUUCUAGUGUAAUAAGAUCUACUUAUUAAUGAAAUUAGUGACAAACAAAAAUUAUAAAACAAAACAUUAACAAUAAAGAUUAUUCAUAUAGUAUAUCAAUUACAUAAUAAAUAAAAAACUUAUUUAUGCUUAAACAAAA